CCUGUCAGUGGUUUUACUGCUGUAGUUGAUCGGUGUAAAGUUGCAUUUUAUUUUGUAGAAUGGAAAACACAUUCCUGUUCUCACUCGUGUUAGCAUGUUGUAACAGCUGUUCUUCCCUCACCUGUUGUUUUUUUAAUUUUUAUUAUAUGACAUCUUUGCAUAAUAACAUCAUUAGUGCUUUUUUUUCCUACAGUGAAAUGAUCGAAUGCUUUAUUCAGAUUGCUGAAGACUCAAAGUGCCGUGUGGUGGUGUUCUCGGAUGCUCCCAGAUGUUCCCGGGAAAAUCUUCACUGCAGGUACAGCAGUAUGUAAUUUUUUUUUUUUUCAGAAUUGGAAAUAUGCUUUAAUUUUUAUGUAGGUUUGCAGUGCUUUUACUCUCAUAGCUGUUCAUUAUUAUAAUAAGCAAUGGCUCCAUGUGCUAUCACCACAACACUAAGUGAAGUGAAUUUAAUUUAACAAGCAUCCUUAUUCUUUCCUACUGCAGAAUGUAUUAAAUUUAGAGUUUAGUAGUUAAUGGUCUUUCUAAUUAGGGAUGUGCCGAGGUAUUUGAAUACACAUUAAACCUUUUGAGGUGCUUUUAGUCAAGUCAAGUGGGUUUUUAUUGUCAUUCCUCUGUAUAGCUUGUAUACACUGGAACAAAGUGACAUUUCUUCGGGACCAUGAUGCAACACAGAACAGUAUGCAAGACUACAUAAAGUGCAAAUACACAACUGUGUGCAGUGGUAUGAGUCUUACUGGGUGAGUUGUUUGACUAGCCAAGGUGAGCACUGGGAGGCAGCAGUGUGUUGAGUAAUCUGACUGUCUCAGGGAAGAAACUUGCAGAGUCUGCUGGUGGUGGCACGGACGCUCCUGUACCUUCUGCCAGAUGGCAGGAGGGUUAAUAGUCUGUGAAAGGGGUCGUCCACAAUACUGGUGGCUUUGCGGAUACACCGGUAGUUGAAGGAGGUGUCUGGUGGGUAGAGAGACCCCGAUGAUCUUUUCAGCUGUCCUCACAAUUCGCUGUAGGGUCUUGCGGUUGGAGGCGGUGCAGUUCCCGUACACCAUGAGACAGCUGGUCAGGAUGCUCUCAAUUGUCCCACUGUCGAGGAGCAUAUUAUUCGAUUGUACCCUUUAUUGGCAUGAAGUCAAUGAGAAAAUCUGGUCAGGUCUAGCAGAACAGUUACGCCAGACAUUAUGUGUAAGUUAUAGGUGUUCAUCUGCACUAAACAAGUCUUGGGAGCAAGCAGUUAACAUUUUCAACUAUGAAGUCUGCAGGACAGACAAGUGCUACAGUGCAUUUACAAUAGCUCUCAGUAUAGCUCCAUUCAAAUAUUCAGCAACAAUGGACACAAUUCAGCCACCUUGGGUUUGCAGAUUGAGCUAAUUUUAAAUCAGACACUAGAGAGAGACAUUAGCUGAGAGACAUGAUGUCAUUAAGGGAAUAUAGUGAGUAUCGAUGCUCCCUGGUUUUUGUGGUGCAUUGUGGGAUUUUUUUAGGGAGUGAACGUUCCAGUGCACUGGAAGGCUUUUGCAAUUGAGACAGCACUUAAAAUGGUUGACUCCCUGAUCAGUGCCCUGACUACUGAACUAUGGAGCUGCUUGAGACAUACCCAUUGUUUACGUUUCUGUCUUUGUUGAAAGAAUCCAGUUUCAUUUUGUAUAGGUAUUGACCGUAUGGACAUUGCUGGUGAUUUGCUGCAGCCCCAGGGAGACGAUACAGCCAGGAUAGCAUGGUAUCUUCGCCACAUCAUUUCCAAAUACCAGAACACGUUCUCUGUCAUUGAAAAGUGUCCAAAGCCCGUGGUGGUGGAAGUGCAUGGCGUGUGUGUGGGAGCAGGAGUGGAUCUAAUCACAGCCUGUGAUAUUCGUCUGUGCACACAGGAUGCCUGGUUUCAGGUGAAGGUAAGUGCAAGUUCUGUUCUUCAUCUCUGCAGUCGUGUGUUCCCUGAUAAAGAGUCGAUGAUUGCUGGAGCUCUGGAAAUAGUAGGUGAGAUUGCAGGCCAGAGUCCCGUCGCUGUCCAGGGAACCAAAAUCAACCUCCUCUACUCCAGAGACCACAGCGUGACUGAGGGCCUAGACUACAUGGCUACUUGGAACAUGAGCAUGUUGCAGACACAGGAUCUUAUGAAGUCAGCGCAGGCAGCCCUGGAAAAGAAGAGCCCGAAAGAUGUGCCCUUCUCCAAGCUUUAAAGUAGAAGGAGAAGAUCCAGGACUAUUGAAGCUGCCUGUUGAAUCAGCGGUGGAACUGAGACUUCAUCAUCCACAUAUCUUUAGUUUUUCCUGCUAAGUCUGAAUUUCUUUUAUUUUUAGACUGGUCAAAAGACUGAUUAGUGGAAGUGAAAUGAUAGAUGAACUUUUAAUUAUUUGGUGCAUUGUUUAAUAAGACAGGGUAACUAAUACUCAAAAGCUUGUUUUGUGUGUUAACAUGUACAGUAGAUGUACAUAUUUUUUUCUGGUCCUGUGUGACUGCAGAAUGUAGUGCAGUUAACACAUUAAAUUUCCUUGGAUGCUCACUUUUAACUCCAGGAGAUCAGAGUUUGCCCAGACAUCUUUUUUUAAAAUCCAUCAGUCCGUCACCCACACGUCAUUCUGGGGGAAGAAGAGGAGGAAGCUGGACAGAUACAUUUAUUUAUUCAUUUAUUAUUGCUGUGUUUCCUCAAUCCAGUGCAGAAAGAAGAGAAACAACAGAAGUGAUUUAAAAUAAAAAUAUAGAAAAUAAUCUAA